AGGGAUUGAGCGAGCGAGCAGCUCGCGUGUUGGGCCGGCCCACGCACACACAUCACAUCCAGACCUAGCCACCACCACCACCAUGGCAGCAUCGCCGCCGCGCCGCCGGGCCUCGCCGCCGGCGAUCCUGGACGAGCUAUUCGAAGAGAUCCUCCUCCGUCUCCCACCCGACGACCCCGCCUGCCUCCUCCGCGCCUCCCUCGUCUGCAAGGCCUGGAGCCACACCGUCUCCAGCCCCAGAUUCCGCCGCCGCCUCCAUGAGCUCCACCGCACACCCCCCGUGCUCGGCGUCCUCCACAACUGGGAAGACGAUGCCAUCCCGCGAUUCAUCCCCACCACCGCAUCGUCCUUCUCCCUCGCCGCUCCGGACUCUCGCUCCUGGCGGGCCCUUGACUGCCGCCACGGCCGCGCCCUCUUCCUCUCCAAGCGCCAGGACGCCGAGGAGCUCCUUGUGUGGGAGCCAAUCAGGGGCACCCAGCAGCGCGUACCUGUGCCCGCGGCGUUCCACGGCGACUACCCUACGGCUGUCGUGUUGUGCGCAGUGGACGGGUGCGACCACCGCGACUGCUUCGGGGGCCCUUUUCGCGUGGUCUUGGUCUUCUGUGUCGACGAAGAAGACACUGAGCAAGAUCCGUUUCUCACGUCGGCCGCCGUGUACUCGUCGGAGACCGGCGCCUGGGGCGAGCUGACCUCGAUGCACGGUCAGUUCGUGAUGUACUUUGAAUAUUAUUGCAGCGUGGUCGUUGGGAAGUCACUGCUGUACUUCUUGUCCGACGGUCAGUUGAUCCUGGAGUAUGAUUUAGUGAGGCACGGGCUGACUGUGUUCAACACACCUGAUUGCCAACCCGAUUACAUGUCUGAUGAUGAUGGGUUGGACUACAGGUUUAACCUCAUGCUGGCGGAGAGCGGUGCACUCGGGGUUAGUGAAGAACUGGGUCAGCGUCUCAAAUUGUGGACAAAGGAGCCAAGUUACGGCACUGAUGCAGUAUGGGUACUUAGCCGGGUCAUCAACUUGAAAAUUUUGCUUCCAAAUGAUGCUCUCCUGGAUGCAACAAGUUCAGUGCAAGUGUUGGGCUUUGCUCAGGAAGCAAAUGUCACUUUGGUGAUGACGGUUGCUGGCCUCUUCUCAAUCGAACUACAAUCCAAGCGGGUGAGGAAGGUGUGCGGUCAUCGUGGCUUCUGUAAUCUCAUUCCAGUUGUCAGCUUCUACACUCCGCAUUCUAGGCUCAAAGAACUCGGGGGCGAACACCAUGACCCAUAGCCGCGGCUGAACCCAACUCAGAACAACGUCUUCAUGGUUGGGCCAGGAGGUGAUCUGGCCAUGGCACCGGCAGCUCAGCCGGAGGUGCAAGAGAAAGAGAUGGACGGAUCUGCUCCGCUGCCCAGCAACUUCUUCCACACUGUGGAACAAGAAUUCCCUAGCUUAUAUCAAGUGGUUGUGCCGGAGGAGGAAGCCGCCAGGUUCGCGCAUCGCAUCACCGCAGAGGGGAACGACAAACACCAUUGGAUGGAGGAGGGAAUGCAGCCAGACCCAGAGUCUGAGGAGCCGGCCCCCGACGAGAUGAUCCGAAUGUGCAGGAGGAUGCUGUGGUACAUCCUUGGCCGCCAUCUUCUCCGGCCUCUAGUUACAUACCAUCAGCUUAAUUCAUUCUAGUUUUGUUGUGCAUUUGUUUGCUCAGUCUGCCAAUUAAUGUUAGAGAUCUGAGCUCGCUUGCAACAAUGUAAGGUGUAAUCUGUAAAUGCAUCUACUAUUUGCAACAUUCUAGUUUUCUGAUAACUAAUUGUU